AUGCCUCUGAACAGGAAUAAGCUGUUUUUACUACUUGGAAUUCUCUGUUUGGAACAAGGUAAAUCUGCAACUCUCUCUCUCCCCAAAGCUCCCACUUGUGGGCGGAGUUUCGUGAAGGUACAACCUUGGAAUUACCUUAACAUUUUCAGUCGCAUUGUUGGGGGAAGCCAAGUGGAGAAGGGUUCCUACCCCUGGCAGGUAUCCCUGAAACGAAGGCAGAAGCACAUCUGUGGCGGGACCAUCGUCUCUGCUCGGUGGGUGAUUACGGCUGCCCACUGUGUUGCAAACAGAAAUAUUGCAACAACUCUGAAUGUUACUGCUGGAGAACAUGACUUGAGCCGUAUAGAGCCAGGGGAGCAAACCCUCACCACUGAAACCAUCAUCAUACAUCCCUAUUUCUCCAUCAAGAAGCCAAUGGACUAUGAUAUUGCUCUUUUGAAGAUGGCUGGUGCCUUCCAUUUUGGCCAGUUUGUGGAGCCCAUGUGUCUUCCAGAGCCAAAGGAACGAUUUGAGGCUGGAUUUAUUUGUACAACUGCAGGCUGGGGCCGCUCGGCUGAAGAUGGCGUUCUCUCACAAGUCUUGCAGGAAGUGAACCUGCCCAUUUUGACCCAGGAGGAAUGUAUGGCAGCUCUGUUAACCCUAAAGAAACCUGUCAGUGGGCAGACCUUUCUCUGCACAGGCUUCCCAGAUGGAGGGGGAGAUGCAUGUCAGGGAGAUUCAGGAGGUUCCCUCAUGUGCCGGAAUAAGAAGGGGGCUUGGACUCUGGCUGGUGUGACUUCUUGGGGGUCGGGCUGUGGCCGAGGCUGGAGAAACAACACACGGAAAGAUGACCAAGGAUCCCCCGGGAUCUUCACAGAUCUUAGAAAAGUGCUUCCCUGGAUCCACAAACACAUCCGAAUUGGUAAUAACGCCAGCACAUGAGGUCAAGAAGCUAGGGCCAGCGAGGCCCCAUGCAGUGAGCAGGAUCGUGUGCUCCGCGAGUCUGAGGGUGAGCUGCACUUCCCAGAAGGCCCCUACCUGUAUUACGAGAGCCAACAACGGUGUGUCUGGACCCUGUUGGCCCCAGAGAAAAUGCAUGUACUGCUCAGUUUUUCCCACUUGGAUGCAGAGUCUUGUCACCACAGUUACCUCUCGAUGUAUUCCGUAGAAGACAGACUUAUCGGAAAGUUCUGUGGGAAGAGCCUCGCUUCAUCAGUUCUCGUUGGCUCCAACUCUGUACGGCUGAAUUUCAUCUCUGAUGCCACAGAUUAUGCAGCGGGGUUUAACCUCACCUAUAAAGCUCUAAAACCAAACUACCUUCCUGAUUCAGGUUGCAGUUCCUUUACUGUCCUUUUUAAAGAAGGUCUCAUACAGAGUCUUCACUAUCCUGAAGACUACAGUGACAUGGCCAACUGUAACUGGGUUUUUCAAGCCCCCAAACACUACUUAAUUAAGCUUUCCUUUCAGAGUCUGGAAGUAGAGGAAAGUGGGGACUGCACUUCUGACCACGUGUCUGUGUACAGAGAUGUGGAAAGGCAGGAGGAAAUAGCUCGGCUGUGUGGCUUUGUUGCCCCCACCCCUGUGCUGAGCUCUUCUGGUGUAAUGCUCAUCAGCUUCCAGUCGGAUGACAAUGUGACCUUCAGAGGCUUUCAGGCUACAGUCUCUUUCAUCCCCGAAACCGGUAAGAAGACAGAGGCAUCAACUUCUUGGGUCCCGAUUCCAAUCCUCCUAAUGUGUCCCGAACACGGGCCCUGCGUGUGUGAUCUGAGCAAUUGUGUAUGCUUGCACUCAGAUUUAAACAUCUCCAGAUCAGAGAAUGAGUCGAUGUUUUUGGAGACAUGGAAUGUACUACCUGAAGACCACAAUGCUUCCGCAUCCCGUCCUCCCACCCAGACGCCCCUCCCUUUCUCCCACCUUGGCACAGUUCGCACCAGGUGCAGAGAGGAAGUUCUCCAUCCUGGCUGCUCCGAGAGUGCUGGGAGAGGGCAGGAUGGAGAGGGGGCCACGAAUAAACAAGAGAUGGCCGCUAGGAGCGGGGACCCCGCAGCGGUGGCACCCCGCGGGCAGGGCGCUGCAGGGCGCGAGUCGCGCGGGAGAAGAGCUCUGCGGGCCGCGGGGGAGUGUGAGCUGUGCGGGGCGCGGGGAGGGCUUACGGGGGCUGGGGGUUGCGCGGGCGCGGAGGGGUGCGCGUUGCCGGCCUAG